AUGCCUGACAUCGAUCCAGCGGCGCUCAGCCGGCCGACCAUCUCGACAACUCCUAUAUUACCCCCGAAGACACUCAGUGCAUCAGUAGCAAGUGCGCCCAAGGUCUCCAAAUCUAGCCAUGUCCCGCCUAGAAUUGACCUGGAGCCGCUAUACACGACUCUCAAGACCGCCAUUGGCGAACACUGGGCAACAUAUAAAGAGACCUUAACACUUUUUAUGAUUGGCCAACUUGAUCAGGACGAGUUAGCAAGACGAAUCGAUUACUUCAUUGUGACGCCAACUGGCGAAAUAGAACACCACCAUAACCAGCUGAUUGCAGCGAUCUACGCAAAUGUCACCCGAGAAAUGCCAGAUCAUGGCGUGGCCAGUUGGGUCAGCGCGAAUGAUAAACCCACCACAGGAGCGGGCAGCAAACCCGUUAGCGGCGAUGCAGCGGAACAGAGGCUUAAGACUGAGGUUAUGCAACUACCAAGUAGAGAUCGAAGGCGACUGAAAGACUUGAGCCAAAAUGAGUUCGACCCGCAAGACGCUUUCGCCAAUGUAUUUGGUGAAAACCGUCGCCCCAAAGCUGCUAGGCUCGUGGAUCCGGUACCUGCGAGCGCUGGCGGCUUAAAUAAGACGAACUGGGAUCUUGAAAUCCGCAAGAGAUAUGCCCAGACUUUAGCAGUAGAGUCAGGGGAGUUUCCAGACGUCCAAAAUAUUGAAGGCCGCAUGUUGCCUAUUUGUUAUGAAGUUGGGCUUACCUCUGGGCAUGCGACUGAUGCGGCUCACUUUAUGUCUGUGGCUACCGAAACCUAUCUAAAGGAGGUUCUUUCCUCAAUAUUUAGUAAAACACGGAGCAACGGCCCUGGAACGGCUGGUAGUGCCGGAACCGGGGGUGGUGCUUCAUGGAUCCAAACCCACAAAUACCGAGUUCAGCUCGAGAGGGAGGAAGAGGCGUGGUUACGCGGGGAGACCCAAAGAGACAAAGGCGGUUUGCUCCCCACAGAGGCCAAGGCUGCAAGUGAACGCCCAUCACUUGGAAUGGCCGAUGUUCGAACCGCUCUUGAGCUUAAUGAUUGUGGUCUGGGACAGAUCCCGGUUGUCAUGGAGCAGAUAGUGUUUGGAUACCGGGAGGGUGAGCUUGAAGCCUGGGAUGACUAUUCUUUCCCCGAAUGUUACGAUGGUGUCAUCACCCGUGACGCUGACGGGGACAUUGAGAUGGGAGGGGUCAAUGGCUUAAAUGGUGUUAGUGGUGUUAAUGGCCUCAACAACCAUACCGAUGACGCACAGAGCGAUUCUGGUUGGGUUGGAGGCGAAUUCGAAGACAAAACUGACCUGGAUAAUCUCCUAGAUUCAUGCCUUGCGAUUGGAGCAUUGCGCGGCGUUAUGGAUUUGGACUCAGGUAAAAGGGGGCACGUUGUACAACAAGCUGUAAAUGCUGCAUGGAUGGGCGUCGAGGUUGGGAUGGUGUUCAAAGAAUUAUCUAUUCCUAUGAAUUGUGCUCCACCAUGGCGACCGGAGGAUGAUGAGCGCCUUAUGCAACGAAAAUCAAGGAUGUCGAUCGUCAUUGAUAAGAUCAUCGCAGCGUCGCCCAACACAGAACGUGGCCGCCCAACCCAACUUUCAUCCGAUCCCAAAGGAGAGCGGGUAGCAUACGCCUCAGGCAAAUCCGUCUUCCUCCGCUCUAUUGACGAUCCUACUUUAAGCAAGCAGUACAUCUCCCACACUACCCAGACAACCGUUGCGCGCUUCUCCCCUUCCGGCUACUAUGUUGCAUCUGGAGACGUUUCCGGGUCAGUCAAGGUCUGGGAUGCAGUUGAGGGCGUCAAUACAAAGGGCGACUAUCAUAUCAUCUCUGGCAGGAUAAACGACAUAGCGUGGGAUGGGGACUCCCAGCGUAUUAUCGCUGUAGGCGAUGGCCGGGAACGAUUUGGUCAUUGUAUAACAGCAGAUAGUGGUAAUUCUGUUGGCGAAAUCAGCGGACAUUCAUCCGUCAUCAACACGGUAGCGAUUCGCCAGCAACGACCUCUGCGCGCAGCGACUGGAGCCGAUGAUAGUAGCGUGGUCUUUUUACAUGGAGCUCCAUUCAAAUUCGCUACAAAGCUUGGAGGGUUGCAUAAAGGAUAUGUUAACGGUGUUGGAUUUUCGCCAGAUGGAAACCAUUUGGUCAGUGUGGGCGCCGACCGCCGAAUCCAACUCUACGACGGAAAAACCGCGGAGCCUAAGAUUCAGAUUGGCGAGGGAGAACACAAGGGCAGCAUAUUUGCAGUUUCGUGGGCGAAGGACUCGAAGCGUAUCGUCACGGCAAGUGCUGAUCAAACAGUCAAGCUUUGGGAUGUGGAAGCAGGAAAAGCUGUUCAGACCUGGAGGUUGGGGGAAGAAGGCACCGUCAGCAUCCCCGAUCACCAAGUUGGCGUCGUAUGGCCGGCUGGGCGCAGCGAUGGUAUGGUUAUCAGCUUGAAUUUGGCCGGAGACCUAAACUACCUGGUCGAAGGAAAUCCGACACCUACUAGGGUUGUCCAAGGUCACAAUCGAAGCAUUACCGCUUUGGGCUCGAGUGAGGGUGACAAAAGCCAAACCUUAUGGACUGGUAGUUUUGAUGGAAGAGUCUGCUCAUGGGAUAUUGAUUCCAAACUGGGCAAGGCGGUUGAAGGUCAGCCACACUCGAACCAGGUCACAGCCUUUGCAUCCACACCUAGCAGGGCGUACAGUGUUGGCUGGGAUGACACACUUAGAAUCGCGGAUAGGUCAAGUGACACUUUCCUCGGCGAGACAUCAAAAUUAUCGGCUCAACCAAAGGGUAUUGCUUUGGCAGAAAGCCGAGCGUUUGUUGCUACAGCGUCAGGCGUUGAGAUCUUCGUCAAGGACCGUCUGGCCGGUACUCUGGAAAUUAAAGAUUUUAUACCUACCACAAUUGCAGCUUCCGGAUCAUUAGUCGCCGUGGGAGAUGACGCCAACGCGGUGCAUAUUUACCAAGUGGACGGAAGCCACAGCUUGUCCGAGAAAGAGAAGCUCACAAACUCAACAUCACAGAUCACUGCAUUAUCUUUCUCCCCAGAUGGAUCACUUCUUGCAGCUGGGAAUUCAUCGGGCAAGAUCUUCGUAUACGACACGGCCUCCUGGCAGGUUAAGACGGACCGCUGGUCGGCUCACACAGCCAGAGUAACCUGCAUUGCGUGGAAUCAGCAAGGAACGCAUGCUGUCAGUGGUGGUCUGGAUACGAAUGUUUUUGUAUGGAGUCUCAAAGCUCCUGGAAAGAGAGUCAAGGCUGCGAAUGCGCAUAAAGAUGGUGUCAAUGGAGUUUGCUGGGUUGCGAAAGGGACGAAGAUUGCUAGCACUGGUGGUGAUGCUGCUUUAAAAAUCUGGGAUGUGUCGAACCUUGAGUAG